AAAAAAACUGAAAUACAAGUAUAGGGUUAUAAAAAUUGAUGAUAUAUACAUGUAGGAUAAAACAGAAUUUGUAAAAUCAUACAGAUUUAGAACUUGCUGAUUAAAUAAUCCUCUUACCACAAAAUAUAGUCACUGCCAAAGCCUUUCAAAAUUUGAAUUGGCAUACAUUUUUUUUACUUGAAAGGGGUUAAAUAAUACAUAGAUAAUAUGUUUGGACCAAUGGGAUCAAUAUCGAACCAGUACAUACAAACUUUUAGCAUCCUACGCAGUUGUGCUCAAAAGCCGAUGAGCUGACUUCCUUAAACUAACAUUAUUAAGCAUACCUUAUAUUUUUCAUUCAUGCCAAUUUUGAUAAAUGCGUUAUGCUUCCUUCAAUGUGCUGUCUUUGAUGAAUUUUUUUAAAGGAGAUGGAAUGGUUAUACACCUAUCAUGUGAUGCUAAGAGAUAUACAGACGCGGUUCGUAGUGUAUUGGAGGGAUUGCUCAUGAAGCCCGUCGUAAAGAUAGACACGUUGUCAGAUGCUUUAAAUGGCUGCGAUGCUGUCAUCAACAACAAGAUGGACAAGACGAUUAUGCCAAGGGAUCCAGAAGCAAUUGUAAAUGCUGCAAAAAGUAUGCUGGGAAAGGAAGGUUAUUCUCUACUUUUCAAAAACUGUGAGACCAUGUGUAACUCGUGGCGGUAUGAUGUACCGACAUCCUACCAGGCUGUUAAGGUGCUGGAGUUGGUGAUAGCUGUAGCGGCGGGAAUAUUUGUAGGAGCAAUAACGAAGGAACUGUUCGAGGACAAGAUUGGGUUUACGUGGGCCACGGUGGCAGGGGUCACUACUGGCACUGCUACAACUGCUGUGAUACUGUAUGCAGUAUUAGAUUCGGCGGUAACCGAUUCUCUCGCGAUGGGUUUUGCAAAAGUAAGUGAAGUUGCCAUAUCUGGAUGUAUUGCUGCAGGAGCAACUAAUGUGGCCAUGGUAGUAGCGGUGCCUCUUGUACUGUAUGGUGCGUACAGACUGGUUAGGAGCGAAACGUUCAAGAAUACAGUUAAAAAUGGAAGGUUGAGGUGCAGCACUUUCAUUGAAAAAUUAUUAAGACUGGUUACACGAUCUCUGCAUCAGAGGAGCCAUACAGCAUGAGUACAAUCAGAAGUCGUGCAUGUAUGGAAACAUAUCUUAUUUUCAGUGAUUCUGUGUUCUGAUUUUUGGCAAAUGUUACUAUAUAUGUUAACAUGUAUAUAUGUUAUACAUAAAUAAUGAGUUAACAAAUAAGAAAUUGCUUCGAAUAAUAUGCAAUCUUUAUAUUUUUCCCCUGUAGAUUUUAAGAUGGAUUGUAUUAUUGCUUAAAUGUUUAUGAGUCGAAUUAUACAUUUAACUUCAAUAUUUUUGCUCUGUAAUUAACAAAGCAUCUACUUAC